AUGGCUCCUUUAAUAAAGUCCGCGGGGUCCGCUGGCUUUACGUCAGUAAAUGCUGCCCGAGGGUCGACGUCGAAUGACCCGGAGAUCAUCGAGAUAGACGACGAUGACGACGAACCAAUGGAUGACGAAGAAGAUAUUGACGCCAUUGACCAAGGUGAUGAGGAUAUGGAAGAGGAAGAAGAGAUAGAAGAGUACGAGGAGGAUGAGGAGUACAACGAUUCGGUUGAGGAGACGAAUGGAAUAAACGGCGGCAGUGAGUCACCAUUAGACCUUGGUCCCUUCCAAAAUGGUCACAAAGCGUACGACAUGACAACUCCGGAACUAUUCACAUCUGCUGGCGCACAGCAGGCAUUACAUCCUCUUCGCCGAACUGCGGAUCGGGUCACGCGCCAAAUCGAGGCGUUCGCAGAAAAGCUCGACCGUUUCAAACAAAAAGAGAACCGUGAUAGCGAAUUCGAGAAUUACCAAGCUGCCUACCAGUUGGUGAAAAGCUACCAAAAUUUUGCAAAUGAUUCUAUCGAGGAUAUCUCUAAACAAAACACCCUGAGGCGCGCAAAGAUGGGGUGGAAUACAAGUCGGACCAAUGGAACAGUGGCUCAGGAUCCCAAGACACAGGAGGAGCUUCAAAGAUUACAGCUAGAAGCGAACACUUGGCAGCUCCUUCUUAAUCUAAUUAGCAUCAACGAUCCCCCAAGCAGGGAAAGUGCCAAACAAGCUCAAGAGAAUGCCUUCCAGAAUCUUCACCGCUACUCAACCGAUCGCGAAAUUUGGGAACAGUUCGUGGGUGCUGAUCACUAUGCUCUGGAAUGCGUGAUCAUCAUGAAAUGGCUGGAGCACACUUCAAAGUCAGCAAGUCAGGACAUUGAUUCGAUAAUCUCGGAGUUAGAGGCACAGGCUGAAAGGGGCCAAGGGAUGUGGACCCACGGCUGGCUCUAUACCAAGGAGACCAUCAAAGGCCAAAAACGACUGCGAGCUUGGCCUCAACCUCUCGAGCCUAACGAUCCAGCUGUUGCGGCCUCGCUCCUAGUCGCAGAGAAAUCAGAAUCAAUGAUUACCCAAUUGGAUCCUGAUGCGGUAACUCGACAAAAACAGAAGCUUCAGAAACAAGAUCAGUUCCAUGAGCGCGCGACUUGGAUGACUUGCUGGAAGAUGCUGAGACAGGGCGAAAGCUGGACAAAGAUUCGGGACUGGGCAGAAUCCUGCCUAGAGAAUUGGCGAGCAGUUAGCUUGUGUGGCUCGAGCGUGGAUGCAAGCUCUUCUCGCGGGGAACGGACGCCUGUUGACGAUGGAACUACGCGCAUGAUGAAUUGGCGGUCACAAACCACCUGGCGAAACGCUUGCUCUGCUUUGGCGCGUAGCCAAGGAACCGAAGAUUUCGAGCGCGCCGUCUAUGCAUUGCUUUGUGGCGAGACAGAAGCUGCCUUUAAGGUCUGUCAAAGCUGGGAUGACUACCUUUACGUUUAUUUCAACAGUGUUGUGCUCUCCCGCUAUCAAGGGUUCUGCAAGCAGUUUCAACGGAAACUCAAUCACUCGCCGACUGUUCCUGUUGCAUUUGUUCCCGAGCCUGUUGGGUAUGCCGAUGUGAACAAAUUUGUGCUGUAUACAAAGGGUAACGAUCGUGUCGGGGUCGAGGCACGCAACCCUUAUAGAACUAUCCAGGCGGCUAUCCUGGGUAAAGGGUACGACUCGUUUUUCCACUCCUUGGCGAAAGCGGUAUCACAAGCAGCGGCGAGCAAGGGGGAUCUGUCUUUCGUACCAGAUCUUCCACCAGCUGCCGUGGACGACUCUCUACUGAUUGCGGCCGAGGACAACGAUGCCUUGAGGAUUGCGACUCAUCUCUACAUUAUUGCGAACUCGCUCGGCUAUGUGCGCUCAGAUACACAGUUCUCAACUAAUGCGUCUAUCAAUGUCAUUGGAUAUAUUGCCAACUUGGAGGAAGCCCGAAUUUACGAUAUUAUCCCUCUUUAUGCAUCGCUUCUACCAACAUACCAGGCACACUCUGUGCUUGGCCAGAUUCUGAUUGAGGUAGUCGACCCGCGGGAGAGACGACAACAAGUCAGGCUCAUGGAGAAUCAUGGUAUCGAUGUUGAAGCUGUCUUGCGUGAUCAAUGGCAGUGGGUUAGCGCUAGUGUUUCUUCAGUUGAGCAUUCAAGCACGCUUAAGCGGUACCCCAAGGUUGUCCGUCGCAAGGAUGGCCUGCCCGAGGUGGUACCAGUCAGGAAGGAUUACAUUGGAACCGAUGUAUCCGGUACGGAAGAGCGCGUCAUUCGGAGCUUGGAGUGGCUUCGCUAUGUUGAUGGACAAUGGGGGAGGAUCUGCCAACUGGGUGCCUUGCUGUACAGGAAAUUCUAUGUUACUGGGAGACUUGCUGCUGCUCGGGAGUUGAGUAGACGCAUGAGGUUGUCAGAUAUAUCGCGGGAGUCAUUUGGGUUUGACCUGACAGAUUUGCCCUUUGGCGUUGAAAAUGGGGUAGAACCGUCGACUCCAGAGCCCUCCAGUCCGACUAAGUCGAGGGUUUUCGGCUCUCCUCAUAAGCGCAACCGAUCCUUAACGAAUCGAUUGCCCUCCGAUGAGCAAACAAGUCUUCUAAUCCAACAAUCGCAAACCAUGCGUGACUUGGAAGAACUUAUUCUGGCAUUUAAUGCACUAGAGUGGUUUGCUGUGGUUUGCGAGAAGCUCGACAAGAAUAAACACAGACGCGAUUCUGGCGCGAUCAAAAAUCUGAAGGAAGAGCUUCAGGAGUCUUUAGACGAGGUUUCUGUGCACGUUGAUGCACUGCUGGAUGAGUGGCUCAUGGGUGCUGAGGACGAAACCGAACGAGCCGAGAUGGAAGAAAUCCGAAAGACAUAUAUCCCGGAACUUUUCCUCGACUAUCACAAUGCGCUGUACUAUGCCGGACAUGUGCUUACCAGCGAGCUUCUGGUGCAGUGCAUGAACCUGGCAAUGCAAGUUUCCGAAAAUGAGUAUCUAACUAGCGCUUUUGUGGCGUCUCGUCGAAUGGCGGAGCUCGUGGACGCGUUAGCCUUGGCCAGCAAAGCCAUGGUCAACACGCAAGCUAGGCCCGGUAAGAAGCUUCUGGGAGGCGAGUCUUUGGGCAUUUGGAAUGUCGACGUGCCCGAUGAGGAUAAUGACCUCCAGGAGGCGCAGUGA